CAGUUUAUGGAUUGGCUACUCUACAUCGGCACUAGAUUUGAAUGAAUGUGUACAUGUGUACGCCCUGCAGUAGAUCGUUAUCCCAUCCAGUGUGUCCCCACCUCAUGCACAGUACCCCAGCUCCAAAUCCCCCACAACCCUGACCAGAAUAAAGCCUGGCCCAGAGGAUAUCUUUGACUCCUCCCAGCUCUAGUGACCCCAUGUCAAUACUGAGCUUGGGUUAUAGGCUAUUGUCUGUUUGUAGUUUCUGUUUAAUUUUUCCCCAGUCUGGGUACCUUUAAAAAAACCUUUAGGUUUUUUAGGUUUCCUCCCAAAACAUGCCACUGGUUGUGCUAUAAUGCCUCUAGACGUGAAGAGAAGUGUGUUAAUGUGAGUAUGCCUAGUGACCUGGUGUCAGGUCCAGGGUGAAUUCUCACCUCGCAUCCAGUGACCAUGUGGAUCUGGGACCAACUUAUUAUAAGCAUAAUGCGUAUGCAAAAAAAAAAUAAAACAUAAUAAUAAUUAUAGUGUGCACUGCAAAAACAUUUUAGUUAUUUUAAAGUAUACAACAAUUUCGUUGUGCAAUGCAGAGCGAGGAUGCUCAAUUAUUUAAGCCGUCUUUCCCGAAGAUGCGUCACUCGAGCGCAGGUGGUUGGCGGAGGCCCUGCGCGGAAUCAACGCAAUAUUGAUGCCCUCGAAGGCACCCGUGGCGCUUUCCUACUAGGUAGCUGUUUGACCGUAGAAGAAUUGUAGCUUAUGUAGUGGCAGUGCUCUGCCUCGGGCUACAUGGCUGUGGAUUCGUUUCGAAUGGCAGUGCCUCAUUCCUUACAUGUUUUUCUUUUCAUGGCCAUACUUCAGCAUGGCCAAGCUGGUCGGUUAUACACUGAAGAAGACCCGCUAGUCAUUCUGACCAGUGACACUCUGAAGCAAACCCUGUUCAACUCUUCCACAGCCUGGCUGGUUCAGUUUUACUCAUCGUGGUGCGGACACUGCAUCCAGUACUCACCCACAUGGAAAGCGCUAGCGGGAGAUGUAAAAGACUGGUCUCAAGCUAUCCGUAUCGGAGUUCUGGACUGUGCACAUGAGAAGAACUUUGACGUUUGUAAAGAGUUCAGCAUCCACUUCUACCCUACAUUUCGGUAUUUCAAAGCACAUAGUACUACUUUUGACAUUGGAAAGACAAAUCGAGGAGCUGAUCGAGAGAUUCAGACAGUAAGACAGCUGAUGGUAAACUUUGUCCAAAACCACACAAGGCAAGACUGGCCUGCUGGCUGCCCUCCACUGGAACCUGCCAGGACGGAGAACAUUCAGUCUUUGAUUGGAUUGAAAUCAGAUCACUACACUGCAGUUAUCAUAGAGGAUGCAGAAUCUUACAUUGGAAGAGAGGUAAUAUUGGACCUAAUGCCCUAUGAAGGCAUGAUAGUGAAGAGGGCCCUGAACUCAGACAAGGUCCUCAUGGAAAAGCUCGGUAUCACCACUACCCCUGCUGCCUACCUCUUCUACCCCAAUGGGACACAUGCAGGCAUGGAUGUGCAGAAGAAAAUACGCUUUUUCUUUUCCUCCUUCCUCAAACUGCUACCUGGAGUUCACCGGAAACUGCCCCCCUCAGUCCAGCAGCCUGCACAGGGAGAAAUUAAAGACCAGAACACAAGUGAGCUUUUCAAAGAAUUUGACAAGUCUAAAGUGUACAUGGUAGACCUGGAGUCUGGCUUGCAUUACCUAUUAAGAGUGGAGCUGGCAACUCGCAAGACCUUAGAGGGAGCAGAACUGAAAAUCUUCAAAGACUUUGUCACAGUUGUGGCUAAGCUGUUUCCUGGACGCCAAUCUGUGGUUAAGCUUCUAGAGACACUACUGGAAUGGCUGAUCAGUUUACCACUGGAGAAAAUUCCUUAUGAAGCCAUUUUGGACCUGGCCAACAACAAGAUGAGGAUCUCUGGACUACACCUGAGUGAGCGUGUGCAGUGGCUGGGCUGCCAGGGCAGCAGUGUGGCACUUAGAGGAUACCCCUGUUCCCUUUGGACCCUCUUCCACGUGCUCACUGUGCAGGCUGCCAGCCGACCGGACGCUCUCGCCAACACCGCGUUGGAGGAUGAUCCAUUGGCCGUGCUACAAACAAUGCGACAGUACAUUGGAACAUUUUUUGGCUGCCGUGAGUGUGGAAAGCACUUUGAGGAGAUGGCACAGGAAUCCAUGAGUCAGGUGAAAUCUCUGGAUGAAGCAGUGCUUUGGUUAUGGAGGAAACAUAACCAGGUUAAUGCAAGACUAGCAGGGUCAUUGAGUGAAGACCCCAUGUUUCCUAAAACACAGUGGCCCACUCCUGACCUCUGUCCAACAUGCCAUGAAGAACAGGAUGGGCUUCAUGUGUGGAAUGAAGACAUGGUCCUUGCGUUCCUCAAAAAGCAUUAUAGUGCCACCAACAUCUCCCCCAAAUACACCACUGAUAUCCAUCCAGACGCCGGCACGGUUGCAGCUAACAAAGCCACAUCAACCCCGUCCAGUGUGCUUAAUAAAGGGUUGAAGCCUCCUCCGGAAAGUGAUCCAAAACAUAUGAAGCAAACCGAUAAACAUGAAACUUUAGGCAUCCAAAAGGAGCCUAACAUCCCAUUCUUGGGACUGGGCUUUUCCGGUGUGGACAUGAGUCUGUGUGUGCUGUUGUACGCAUUCUCUUGCGUCUUUCUCAUGCUCAUGUUCUUCUUCUUCCGUGUUCGCUCCAAAAGGUGGAAAAUCAAAAACCACCGACCGUAUGUAUAGCAGUCAAAUGCCACACUUGGGAGAAACAUCAGUGUAAUAUAGGAAACUCCUACUAGGUGUUGAAGGAUUUUUUUUUUUAUUUAUUUGGUUAUUGUAUUGUUCUGCUUUGUGAGUUUUGCUGUGGUGAGACUGUUGUCCUAAUGGCGAGGCUGAUUUAUGAAUUUCAUAGAAAUUAAGAUCAUGUAUCUGACCUACUUGUAAGGUCAAAUUCUAAGUGGAUGUUUUUUCAGACCUGAUACAAGCAGAGGUGAUGUUUAAAAGGUCAAAACUGUUUUACAAAUAUUUUAAUCAAGACUACUGUGGUCCAAGAAGUCUAUUUUUAUGGAAAUAGUAUGUAUAAUGGUAUAACAUUUAUAGACAUUUUAAUGAAAAAGGGUGUGCCCCAAAAUGCAAAUUAUGGAAUUGUUUACCCCAUCAGUGAGGGUUAGCAGCAAAGCUACCCCUGUUUAGAUCAUUUUCCUUCGAAUCACCUGCACUUGAAGUGGAAAAAAGUCAUAGAAGUUUUGUUUGUUUCAUUUAACUCCUGUAUGUGUUUUAGAAGGCAAUCUGUACUAUGAACCUUUGGCCUCUUUGUUAAUGGCCUUUAUAGGACCUCAUCAUUAAUUCAGUUCACGUAGUGUUCUGUGAUGUGAUGGGACUCUCCGUUGUGUGCCAAUGUACUGGACCAUUUAACUUUUACCUUGCAGCUUGAUAUAUUAGUCAUCCAUUGAACAUUAGUGCAUUAAGCAUUAUUUCCUCAGGCUCACUAGAUUUUGUAGCUCAUUUUUCAAACAGUGAUGCAGUUCACUUCAGCUGAUUUUGAUAUCUGUGUCCACAUUUCCAUCUCUGCCUAGUGCUUUAAAACCAAAACAGUGUGAUGUUGAACCUGUUUUACUAGCUCAGUUUUUCAGCUACUGUGAAAAUGAUGUUGUGGUAUCUCACUGAAAGCACACUUAAAUUAUUGAUAUGGAAAUUGACCGUCUUAAUGCAUCUAAUAGGAUGAUAGGAAUAUGAUAGGAAUUGCUUAGCUUGACUGGUGAAUCAGGACUAAUUCAGCUGGAAUUAUAUAUUUUAUAAAUAUUGAAUCAUUAGAGGAAUAUUCACUUGAGUACAUAAUAGUAAAGGAUUAUGACAGCUUUAAUAUCAGAUCAUAGGUUUUAAGUUUGUCUUGAGAAGCUUCAGGGUCUAAAGCCAUUUUAUCAGGUAACCUGAAGUCCUUUCAUCCAUGUGCACUACGAACAGUAUUUUUAUUUUUUGAUCAGGAUGAUUUUUGUGUAGGAAUUAUUUGUAAAUACUAGAACAUUUUGUUUCCGUUCUGUUUCCAUUUGCAGCAUUUGAUGAGCUUUCCCAUUUAUUUAUCUGCAUUAAAUGUGAACUGUUUUUAAACAUGUUAAAGCAGUCAUGUAAUUCAAUGUGCUUGUUUUGAUGGAUUAGCCUUACUUCUGUGUUAGGAGGGUAGGCACACAAGCCUCUCUUAUAUUCAUAGCUACACAGAAAAGUGGCCUUUUCAGCUGCUACAAAAUCACACUGUUUUAUUUUUCAGUAGUUUUAAGAAUGGAUAUUUUUAUGUGAAGAAUAUUUUUGGAGUUGUCAUGUAUACCUUGUUGUGUAGUUGGUCUCGUUCUCAAAGAUGAAUUACAGCAUUUUUAUGAUAAAUUGUAACUUGUUUGAAAAAUAAAAUGUUUAUUGGUCUCAAUCA